GCGAGCAGUUAGUCACAUCACUUAUCCCUAUCUUAUUCUUGGCGUGUCCCAAAGUCAAAUAAACCAAACAGUUCUAUUUUAGUUGUUUCAUAUUUCGAUAUUCCUAAUUUAUUUUUUUUUAUUUCCAUUAAAAAAAUGUUUCUCGCAGAAAUUGAAAACAGUGUGAAAACUUUUGUUGAGAAGCACCAAAUACUUGAAGAAAAAAUUAAAGAUAUUUAUGAUUUCUCGUCAUUAUUUGAAAAACUCAAAGAGCAUAUAUCACACAAUAAUUUGGAUAAAGAACCGUCCGAACAGUCCCAUGAGUUUACUGUUUAUUAUGAUAUUAAAUAUAACAACGUAGAAGAUGAUCAGUGUGAGGAUCAACACAGCAGCGAGGAUGAGCAAAAUCAAAACAACUUUCGGUCGAAAAUUAUGAUUCUGAAGCCUAUUGUGUCGAUGUAUGUUCAAGGAUUCAUCUUUAACAAAGAAGACAGGUCGAUGAAAACUUUCUCGUACGAUGUAACAGAUCUUCAGUGCCCAGAAAAACGAAAAGAACUUACACAGAUUCUCGAGGAAUAUAAAUUAGAUCUGAUGAAUCUUUCAGAAACUGACAAUGAAAAUCUUCAAAAUUUAUUAAGAUCAUAGAGAACAUAAAUCAGUUUUGAAGAGGAUACUGGAUAGCACCGCACAGACCGCACAGGAGAUUUUGCUGACCACAGUUUUUGUUUUUUAAAUAAAUGUAAGACUCCAAAGAGCAAGAUCUACAUCUUACAUGUAUUCAUAUUCAUAUUCGUAUUCAUAUUCAGAGGGAACCCUGAAGUCGACGUAUGCUUAGUGUUUCAUACUGUGUCCACAAACAAGUGUUUUAACCGUUCCAAUUCAUAUCAAUCCACACCAUUAAAUAAACUUUUAUGUGCUAUGCAAGAAGCCAAACAGCCUUUAUGGCUAGGUUUUCUUUAACUUCUCUCUGUGAGCAUACCCAUUUUCCCAUUUAGUGUGACCUACGUGCUUAUGUAUGGUCUCAAAAUAUACAACCAAUGAAGGGAUUUUCCAUCGUUUUCAUCCCGGAGGUUGGAAUCGACGCUAAGACGGCGAUGGCCGCAUGGGGGGUGGGACAAAAAACAGAGAUGAUAAUAAACAAAUCAAUCAAUCAAUCAAUCUAUCAUACUAAUAUUUUUUUUUACAGAAAUUUAAAAAUAUACAUAUUUAAGUUUUUCAUUUUUUUUAAACAUUUAAAAUACUUAUUAUUUAGCAUGAAAAUUUUUCCUAAGCAUUAUAUAUAAAUUAGAGACUUCAUUAAAUAUAUAAUCAAUUGAA